CUUAAACUGGUGACUGAACUAAGAUUUGUUAAAGGCAAUGGUAUUGCUGUUGUGAUUAGUUGUGUAGUUUUGGGUACCGGUAGUUAGGAGUACGGCAAACACCUUAUUUCUUUGGUUCCUCAAUAUACAUUUACCAUAUUACAAUGUAGGCUAUGUGUUACAGCACUACUUUUGGUGUCCCCCUCAGGAAUUGCUCUUGAGAAAAUUUCAUGUAAUUGUCCCCUCCAAAGUGGAUAUCAGAUUUUCGCCCCUGCAUGUAGCUACAGUAUGUGUAUGACCCAAAAGAUGUCUGAACCUGGACCCAGGUUACCAUGCAUGCCCAAAAGUGCCAUGUCAUAUCCUGAUACUAGAGUUGCUCAUUCAAGCUCUGUAGAUCAGUGUAUACCAAGGCUUCUUUGCUGUCUAUGUUAAACGGUGGCCAAAUGAAAGUGGUGGGCUGCCUCUCCCGAGCGGCGGAGGCCAAACGACGGGUGACAGAGGGCCAGGACAUGCUGACCUCCAUGACCCAGAUGGUGGCCUGCACCCAGGAUAUCCAGCAGAGAUACCGCAGCAUCCUGGGGCCACUGUCCCUCUUCUUUCAGUCCAACCCCGAGGGAGAGAAGAGGGUCCAGGAGGAGAGGCCAGUGUCCCCGUCGGUGUCAGAGGGGGUGAAGACCAACCCCACCUCUCUGGCCGACGUGUCAGCAGCUGCAGUACAGGAUCCAGGAGCAUACCGUGCUCCACUCCACCCCUGUGGAGGAUCAGCAAGCUCUGGCGGCGGUAAUGACGUCAGAGCUGGGCCUGAUCUGGCAGGACCUGAAGGGGCUGAUGGACGAGCCCACGCUGAACCAGGAGGAGAACAGGCAGGUGGAGACGUGCCAGGAGGUGCUCCGCAUCUGCCAGGAGCUCUACCUCAACUAUCUCUACCUGCUGGACAGUCUGAGGCGCCACGCCAUCUUCAGCGACCAGGCCAACCGCAGCCGCCUGGGGGCCCAGAUGGCCAUAGACUGCACCAGCCUGCCCUGACGUGGAGAAGUUCCACCAAACUACAACAGCUCACACACACUCUGCAGAAACAGGAAGAGGAAGGGGAGAAGAGGGAGAGGUACAGGGUGCCAGUGGAGGAACCGGAGCACCCACAGGGAGCUGUGGUGAACGUGGCCCUGUCCCACGGCUCUCUAGCCAGCACAGCCGCCGCCCGCGUCUCAGACAGGGUUCUCCGCGACACCAUCAACAUCCACACGUACCCACCCGUCUACAACUACCUCACCAAAGAGCUUGAACUCUCCUCAGUGCAAUGGCUGGAUCGUAACCUGUUUGCCGUGGAAGAAAUAAAGGAAGUCUAUAAGGAGUUAUCCAAAAGUAAAUCUACACAGUAUCUCAACUUCGAUGAGGACCCCAUGAUAGAGCCAGCCCUGACCAACAUCAGAUGGAGUCUGAAGAAGAAGAAUCCUCAGAGGUUCAUCAACCCACAGCUGAAGAGACAGAAUACCAACGCCAUGUCCCACAGAAACCGGAAAACCAGACUUCCCGGGUCUACACGGCCUGCUGCAGUGGUGGAAGACUGACCUCUCAGUCGAGGACUACCUCCGAUACAUCACCAAUCAUGACUCUGACUACCUGUGGGCGGCGUUCCACCUGUAUGAUAGUGGCGAUAGUGACGAUGAGGAGGACGAGAGGAGGAGACUGCUCCAGCUACGACGAGACGAGAGGAAGAAGAGGCGGAGGCAGAAGAUGGAGGCUCUAAAGGGUCAGAAGCAGGAGUACGUGACAGGGGUGUGGAACGUCAACGCGGUGCUGCUGGGAGGGCUGUGGAAGGAACCCGAUCUGGAGGAGGAGGAAGAGAGCCCAGCCCUAAACAGAAGGCCUAUAAGAGGACA